UUCUCCACCUCUCUCUCUCUCUCUCGGAGAUCAAAUUUGUCAUCACUGUCCUCAAAAACCUAGGGUUUCGACGAUUCGAAUUGGUGUAGAUCUGGUGAUAAUUUUGAGAAUUGGAGUGUGAUGGAGGAAGGUAAUCGGAGGAUCUGUAUGAAAUUUUGUUUCGGUUUGCUGAUUUUGAUCGGUUGCUUCGCUUCCGAGCUCUGCGCUUCCUCUGAUACGAUCUUUUACGAGUCGUUUGAUGAAGCGUUUGAGGGGAGUUGGAUCGUGUCUCAGAAAGAGGAUUAUAAAGGUGUAUGGAAACGUGAAAAAAGUGAGGGACAUGAUGACUAUGGGCUUCUUGUGAGUGAGAAGGCCAGAAAGUACGCAAUUGUGAAAGUGCUUGAUGAGCCUGUGAAACUCAAGGAUGGGACUAUUGUCCUUCAGUUUGAAACUCGCCUCCAAAAUGGACUAGAGUGUGGUGGUGCAUAUUUGAAAUAUCUUCGUCCUCAGGAUGCUGGGUGGGUAGCGAAGGAGUUUGACAAUGAAUCCCCCUACGCUAUAAUGUUUGGACCUGAUAAAUGUGGGGCCACCAACAAGGUUCACUUUAUCUUAAAGCAUAAGAACCCUAAGAGUGGAGAAUACGUUGAACACCAUCUCAAAUACCCACCCUCUGUGCCAACUGACAAGCUGACCCAUGUUUAUACUGCCAUUCUGAAACCAAAUAAUGAGUUGCGGAUCCUCAUUGAUGGUGAGGAGAAGAAGAAGGCUAAUUUCCUAUCUGGUGAGGAUUUUGAGCCAGCACUUAUUCCUGCCAAGACCAUUCCUGACCCAGAUGAUAAGAAGCCUGAGGACUGGGAUGAGAGAGCAAAAAUUCCUGACCCAGAUGCAGUAAAACCAGAUGACUGGGAUGAGGAUGCACCAAUGGAAAUUGAAGAUGAGGAAGCAGAAAAACCUGAAGGGUGGUUAGAUGAUGAGCCCGAAGAGAUUGAUGACCCUGAGGCAACAAAACCCGAAGAUUGGGAUGACGAAGAAGAUGGUGAAUGGGAGGUUCCAAAGAUUGACAACCCAAAGUGUGAUGAAGCUCCUGGUUGCGGUGAGUGGAAGAGGCCAAUGAAGAGGAAUCCAGCUUACAAGGGAAAGUGGCAUGCCUCACUUAUUGACAACCCUAAUUACAAGGGUAUCUGGAAGCCGCAGGAAAUUCCAAAUCCUAACUACUUUGAACUCGACAGACCUAACUUUGAGCCUAUUGCUGCCAUCGGCAUAGAGAUUUGGACAAUGCAGGAUGGCAUCUUGUUUGACAACAUGCUAAUAGCUAGUGAUGCAAAAGUUGCAGCAUCGUACAGGGAUAAUGCUUGGAAACCUAAAUUCGAAGUUGAGAAGGAGAAACAGAAGGCUGAGGAGGCAGCUUCCGGACUUUCAGAUGGUCUCAAAGGCUUCCAGAAGAUGGUGUUUGACCUUCUCUACAAGGUUGCGGACGUUCCUUUCUUGGCUGAAUACAAGCCUAAAAUUGUGGAUCUCAUUGAGAAGGCAGAGCAGCAACCAAACAUCACAAUCGGUGUCAUUGUCUCCAUCAUAAUUGUUAUCGUCACAGUUUUAUUCAAAAUCCUUUUUGGCGGGAAGAAACCGGCAAAAGUGAAUGUGGGGCCAAGUGACACGGGAGUGGCGGAGACUUCUAACAAACAAGAAGGAAGCGGUGAAGAAAAGGAAGAGCAGAAUGAGAAGGAAGAUGCCGAUGUGGCUGCCCCUCCUCGUCGGAGGAACACCAGGCGCGAGAAUUAGAGAAGCAAAGAGGUGAUAGUGAUGUCGUUAGUUUUGACUUUUGGUAGAUUUUGAGCUAGUUGUCUCUUGGAUGCUGAAAUUUUCACCAAAACACGGUCUGCAAAUUUUUUGCUCAUUCAGGUUUGUUUUGAAUUGAAGCAAUUUGAUGUAUGAGAAUGUAAAUGAGAUUGAUCUGUCAGAUUUUACAUCAAUGCUUUUCCUUCUCCAGUGAAACUUCGAUCGAGGAAUUGAAGAUUUUUUUGUCAUCCAUAUGUUUGAUAU